AUGGCCAAGGAUGUGGAUGGAGGCUUGCGGAGAUUGAAUCUGGGUAUUGCUUUGAUGUUGGCUGCUUCUGCUACGUCGGGGUAUAAUGCUAGUCAGAUCAAUAGUUUGCUGGUGUUACCCGAGUUUGCCGUUUUCUUGAAGGAUCUCAGCGCCAAUGCCGAAGGCCUUAUCAUCGCCGCGGUCUCUUUAGGUUCCUUUUUAACCUUUAUUCCUGCUUCAUACGUUGCCGACAGGCUAGGCCGUCGGCCUUGCGUUGCUAUCGGUGCUACACUCGUUAUCCUGGCUUCGAUAGUCCAGGUAGCAGUCCAACGACCUUGGAUCUUUUUCGGUGCCCGAAUCGUCACAGGAGCUGGCGUGGGCUUUUCACAAACAGCUGCACCGCUACUCAUUGCUGAAGCGGCACACCCUCGCCAACGAGGAGUCCUCACAAGUCUCUAUAAUGCGCUUUGGUUUUGUGGCUCGAUAACCGCGGCUGGUAUCGCGUUUUCUACUCUGGGUAUUCAAGACAGCUGGUCAUGGCGGGUUCCUUGCAUGCUGCAGGUUUUGUUUCCGCUCUUUCAAUUGGCAGGACUAUUCGUCAUCCCGGAGAGUCCUAGAUGGCUGGUUUCCAAGGACAGGAAGGGUGAGGCUAGAGCUAUGCUGGUGCGGUACCAUGGAAAUGGAGACCUGAGCAGUGCGCUUGUGCAAGAAGAAUACGAUCAGAUCUGCAGCAGCAUCAGUGCCGAAGCAGACAUGAAGGCCUGCUCUGGGUGGAGUGCUUUUCUCAGUAGUCGAGGUGAUGUGCAUCGCUUGUCAAUCUGUAUCCUCAUGGGAUUCAUGCAGGAGUGGACAGGAAAUGGCGUUACUUCUUACUACCUUCCUCCCAUCUUGGCCUCAGUUGGAAUUAAAAAUGCCGCCCACCAAGCAGCAGUGAACAUUAGCCUCCAGGUCUGGAAUCUGAUUUUUGCCGUCGGUGGAGCCAGUACCUCAGGCCGAUACGGCCGCCGCGUCCUAUGGCUUAGCGCAACGACCCUCAUGAUGAUUUUCUUAUCCACAUCAACAGUCAUGACAGCUCUGUUCUCCGAGCUAAACAUAAUCGAAGCAGGCAUUGCCGUGAUUCCUAUGCUCUUCCUCUUCUGUGCCGCAUACGACUUUGCAUAUAUGCCCCUCUUCAUCGCAUAUCCCGCCGAGAUUCUCCCAUUCCAGCUUCGCGCAAAGGGUCUCGCUAUUACCCUGACUACAGACUCACUUGCCUGUUUCUUUAAUCAGUACGUCAAUCCAGUGGCAUUUGCGGCACUACGCUGGAGAUAUUUCCUCCUCUAUGUUGGGUGUCUGGUUGUCUUCCUUGGCGUGGUAUACUUCCUCUUCCCAGAAACGCAGGGACGGUCUCUGGAGGAUGUUGCACGCAUAUUCGAAGACGGCAAGAUUCUUCAAGUCAUGUCACCUGUCGAUUCGGAGGGGGAGGGUGAGUCCGAGCGGUCUUUUGAGAAGACCUCUUUUGCUGUUAAGUCUGAUCUGUGA